ACUUACCCAGCAGGCACCGCUUCAGCCUCGGGUCAGGAUGGCGGGCCGGCCGGCUGUUGCAGCAUCAGGCCGGUGGCUAGAGGGUAUUCGAAAGUGGUACUACAAUGCUGCAGGAUUCAACAAGCUGGGGUUGAUGCGGGACGACACAAUAUAUGUGAAUGACGAUGUAAGAGAAGCCAUAAGAAGGCUUCCUGAGAACCUGUAUAACGACAGAGUGUUUCGCAUCAAGAGAGCACUGGACCUGUCCAUGAGGCAGCAGAUCUUGCCAAAAGAGCAGUGGACAAAAUAUGAGGAGGACAAAUUCUACCUGGAACCGUAUCUGAAAGAGGUUAUUCGGGAAAGAAAAGAAAGGGAAGAGUGGACAAAGAAGUAACCACGCACUUGCAGCCUGUGGGUUCAGCUGUCCUCAGUAUUUUAUCCCGUUGCUUAAACCUGAAACGUACAAUUUAAACCAUCUGGGUUUCAAAUGUAUUACUUUAAAUAAAUGUCUAUUAUAACUGUG